ACAAAGAACGCCGCGUCGUAUUCCGUUGCAAAUAUUUCAUUAACAAAAUGCAUAGAGCAUCACCGUUCGAUAACAAAUUUAUUGAUAACCAUCUAAGACGAUGCGUGAAAGUGCUAUUCCCAGUUGUGCCAUUACGGGUGAACUUCGAAAGUGUCGGCGUACGGAAACCCGAAAUGUUUUACACAAUAGUUGAGCAAAUCGAUCUCCAAAACCUCAUUCAAAUAAGAAUGACUCAAGUAAACGAUCAUUCCAAAAUGUUCAUCAGUACCAUUGAUAACGCUGCCUACGAACAGAUAAGGACAGAACAAUCGUUGCAUGUUACUUUCCAAGGAUUUGUCGAUCAUCUCAUCAAAAUUCUUGAUAACUGCAAGCGGGAAGAGCUACAUCUAGCUCUGGUUGCGGAGAGCAACUGCCAUAUGCUACAAAUAUUUGAAAAGAGCUCAUUCAAAAAUUUAACCCAUCUGUUUCUCACAAUGGAAAAUGCGUCGUCCGAAACUGUCCUAUUUCACAUAAACCAGUCACUGCAAAUACUUCAAGAGCAGGCAUCGGCAUAUGCGUCCCAAGCUCAAAAGUAUCAACUGGAGAUGAACUCAAAAAACGACAUUAUCGGCAGACUAAAGGACGAAAUUGUGUCCUUAAAUGGAAAAAUUAUGGAGCAAGAGAACUUGAUAUUCAACAGAAACACAGAAGAGGUGAGUCGUCUGCAUCAAACUAUAAAAAAUCUAAAUGAAAGCAAAGAUGCUGAAGAAAAGCGAUUAAAAUCUAUAAUGCACAGUAUGCAAGAGAAAAUAGACAAUCUGACGAAGGAAACAUAUGAUCGCACAGAACGCAUGGUACAGGAAACGAAAAGAUUCGAAACCAUACGAGAAGAGAAUAUAAAGCUCCGGGCCCAAAACGCUCAAAUAAAGGUAGAGUUGGAUCGUUUGCAGGCUAGUAUUGCGUCGCAACAGAGCCGUGAAUCUAGAUCAGAAAGUACUGUUGCGGAAUUGAAACAUCAACUGGGAGAAAUCCAAAGCAAACUAAAGAUUGCGCAAAAACAACGAUCGGAAUUGGAAGCCGAGCUAGAAGCGGAGAAAAAUAUAUGCCACACUAAAAAACAUGCAUUACAACUUACGACCGAUGAACUAGCAAAUGCGUCUGCGGUUAUCAAUAAUCUUAACAAGGAAAACGUUAAAUUGCAGAGCAAAAUAGAUCUACGCACUGAAAUUGCGAUGCGUCAAGAAAAGUUGCUACUUGAUAAAGAAAAGCAACUAGUAGAGCUGAGCAAUACAGUUGCGGCUAUACAGCAGGAACAUAUGAAAAACCGAUCUUCCAACGAGGAAUAUGCUGAAACGAUCAAACGUAUCAAAGAAACAACCGAUUUGAUAGAGGAAAAAUACCGAAAAAAAAUCAAUGACAUGAUCCUUAAAUUGACAAACAAUCAAAACGUUGAAAAAACAUCCGUGCUAAGCAUGCAAGGAAGAUACUUACGCCCUCAAAAUCGAGUAGAAUAAAGGAAUC